GCAGGGCAUCAUAUUGAACUGUUGUUUAGUUUCAAACAGCUGCUCUUCUCUUAAAAACAGUUUACUUUGAGUCUGUUUUUUGACUAAACUACAAACAGAAGCUGGCUGGAUCUAUUUUCACACGGUAACAAUGAAGUUAACCGACAUGAAAAAGCUGAAAGUGGCCGAGCUGCGGUCCAGACUGAAGGAUCUCGGGCUGGACAACAAGGGGCUGAAGGCUGAGCUGCUGGGCAAGCUGUGGUCCGCGUUAGAGGCGAGACAAAGUCAACAAUACGGUGAUGAAAAGGAGGAUAAACCUAACCUACUGAAUUGCCGACCGAUGACACCUUUAGCAUCACCGGAGACGGUGGACACCCACCCUCCGUCCCCAUCACCCCCGACAGGAGUGCUCACAGACACCGCCGCCACACAGACAGAGACUCCUCCCGGGCUGCCUUCAGCACAACACGGAUCAGCCGAGAGUGUGGUGUCGGGGUGUCAGGCGGGGGAGGGAGAGGUUGAACAUCUGCAGGGAGGUGCAGAGGGUCCUGAAGAGGACAGAGGGGCUCUGCCUUCAGAGGAGAGUAUGAGCAGAGGGAGAGCUUUCUACGAGUUCAAAGAGGAGAUACGAUACGUAAGAGCCAAAUCACCACAACCUGCAGUGGACGGAGAGGAGACGGAGGAGGAGAGUGAAGAUAAAGUCAGACUAAAUCCAUAUGACGGUCACCUCCACUUUAAGGAGGGUCCUGAUGGGGCCUGUGGUCAGCCGCGGUUCUGGGCCCGAUUCCCCUCGCUGUGGUCGGGCUGCAGGCUCACUCACGGGGUGCUGCAGGGCAGGGUGGGCUUUGAGGUGAGGCUGGAAAAUAAGUUGUUUACUACACAGCCGCAGGAACAAGAGGACGUGGAUCCCUGCGGCCUGAGAGUCGGCUGGUCUGUGGCCCACUCCUCUCUACUGCUGGGUGUGGAUGAAUUAUCUUUUGCUUAUGAUGCACGAGGGAAAAAAGUGUCAGGUGGGAAGGAGGAAGAGUUUGGAGAACCGUUCUCAGUGGGGGAUAUCGUCGGCUGUUAUGCUUCAUUCUCUUCAGACGGUGCUGUUGAGCUCUCUUUCCAUAAGAACGGUCGUCUCAUGGGUCAGGCUUUCUCCCUGGACGCCUCCCUGCUGCUGGCUCGCCCUCUCUUCCCUCACAUCCUCUGUAAGGGCUGCUCAGUCCGAUUCCUCCUGGACCCCACAGCUCCUCCCUGGUACCCCGGCCCUCCAGGGUUCACACCGCUGGCAGCUCUUUCUGCUGGGCAGAGGGAGCGUGCAGCCUUGCCUCCUACAUCCAGAGCACAGGGCGAGGUGUUGUUGAUGGUUGGUCUUCCUGGUUCUGGGAAAAGCCACUGGGCCCGGGCUCACAUGAAGCAGCACCCUGAGAAACAGUACAGGCUGCUGGGCACAGAGGAGCUGCUCGCAUGUGUGAUUAGCGGUGGACAGAGGGAGAGCUGGCUGCAGCAGGCCUCUCAGUGUCUGACUGAUUUGAUCAAGAUGGCUUCUCAGACUCCUGGCAACUAUAUCCUCGACCAGAGCAACGUCCUCUUCUCUGCGCGUCGCUACAAGCUGCAGCUGUUCACAGGCUUCAGGCGCCGGGUGGUGGUGGUCGUCGUCCCCUCGGCGGACGAGUGGAAAAGACGACUGUCUCUGCACCGGACGAGCGGGGGGGAGCAUAUCCCUGAAACCCCCCUGCUCAAACUGCAAGUGAUGUUCAGACUUCCAGAGCAGCAGAGCCAGCUUCAGGAGGAGCUGCAGUACGUGGAGCUGCCUCAGGAACAGGCUCAGGCGCUUCUGCAGGAGUUGAGAAACGAGGCUCAAAGACUGCUGCCCCCCAGCCUCAAACAGGAGAAGAAACCCCGACUUCACAGGAAAAGACCCCACCCUCAUAGGCCUGCAGCUUCACAUAGACUUCAGUCAACUGGAUGUCAUGGAUGGAACCAGACAAGACCCGAUAUGCAGCCAUGGAGGCAGCAGCCGAGAUAUUGGAGUGGGCCUUAUCAGCAGCAGGGCUCCUACUACAGAGACAGCGGAUACAGCGGAUAUGGAGGUUACUGCUGAAGAAACCUGGAGCAAGAGGAAACAGGCCGAUGCACUACAAGUGUUUACACGGACAAUUAAGGAUGUCAUUUGAAUAAAAAGAAAAAGGGCUAAAUACACCAGCAAAUUAUAUUAUACACAAUACUUCAGAUUACAGUACACAUUGCACUCGGUGCUUUGACAAAUCAAGGAUAAUCAGUGUUGUAGAAUUUCAUAAUUUUAAUAUUGACAACCAGGUCACUUUUUAGGAGUUUUUAUUGAAGAUAUUCUAAAAACAUUGUGCUUUUUUAAAAAACAACUGUAUUUUGCACAUUUUUAACACCAGUGUUGUUCAGAGAGUGCCUUAAGUCAGAGUAAUAAUAAAUACUCUAAAAGGUU